ACAGAAUGUAGUAGAAGUAGUAGGAAUAAGUUCUUACUUCAUACCAGAUAUAGUCACUCACCACCACUUCAACCUCUUCUUCUUCUCCUCCUCGCCUCUUUUCUCUAUCUAUCACUCUCUCCUUCUUUAAAAACCCUAAAGAGAAGAACAGGAAAAAGUUGAUUCUCAUUACUUAUCUUGCUACCUUCCUUCUUUCUUUCAUUCAUAAUCAUCAUCAUCAUCUCUUCAAUGUGAAGCUUGUUUCUCACUUUCUAAAGAUGCUUCAUUUUCUAAACUCAACUGAACUACAAGUUUCAACUCUUUUUAUCAUCCCUUCUGAUAAAAACUCUCUUACUCAAAUACUUGAACACUUCCCAACACUCUCUGUAAAUUCUUUCGAACCCUUUUUUCACCGAAAAAUCUGAAGGAAAAAUCCCCACUCAAAAUGGUCCUGUUUGUAUUUGUAUUCUUCUCUUUACUAACUACUUCUUCUUCUUCUUCUUUGGCUAAUGAUGCUCUUGUUUUAACUUCAUUAAAACAAGGAUUCGAAUUCGUGGAUCCAGUGCUACAAACAUGGGAUGUUUCAAACCCGGGUUCAGUGUGUUCUUGGGUUGGAAUUCAAUGCAGUCGUGACCGUGUAACCGUCCUCGACAUUUCAGACAUGAAUCUUCGUGGCUAUGUUUCAAAAGAUAUCACAAAGCUUGAUGGACUCGUUUCUCUUUCACUUUCAGGCAACAAUUUUACUGGAGAAAUUGAGUUGAGCAAUUUAAGUAAUCUUAAAUUCUUAAAUAUCUCACAAAAUAAUUUUACUGGAGGUUUAGACUGGGAUUACUCAAGUUUAAGUGAAUUAGAAAGUUUUGAUGCGAAUGACAAUAAUUUCACAGCUCCACUUCCACUUGGGGUUCUAAAGUUGGUCAAGAAUUUGAAGUAUUUAGAACUUGGUGGGAAUUUUUUCCAUGGAAAAAUCCCUUCAAGUUAUGGAAGUUUGAUAAAUUUGGAGUACUUAUCAUUAGCUGCAAAUGAUCUAGAUGGAAGAAUUCCAGGUGAGUUGGGUAAUUUGAUUAACCUCAAAGAACUUUACUUGGGUUAUUAUAGUACUUUUGAAGGUGGGAUUCCUAAAGAGCUUGGGAAUUUGGUAAAUUUAGUUCACUUGGAUAUGGCUAUGUGUGGACUAGAUGGUUCAAUUCCUAACGACUUAGGGAAUUUGAAGUAUCUUCAUACACUUUACUUGUUUGGGAAUCGACUAACCGGUUCGAUUCCGAGCCGGUUAGGGAAUUUAACAAGUUUGGUUAAUCUUGAUCUUUCAAACAAUGCACUUGUUGGUGAAAUUCCAGCUGAGUUCACAAAUUUUCAAAAACUUAGUCUUUUGAAUCUGAAUUUGAAUAGGUUACAUGGUUCAAUUCCUGAUUUUGUUGCUGGCUUUACUUUUUUAGAAACCUUACAAUUAUUUAUGAACAAUUUUACUGGUGUGAUUCCUGAGAAACUAGGACAAAAUGGAAGACUUCAGUUACUUGAUCUUUCUACGAAUAAGCUUACUGGUACAAUUCCUCAGUAUCUUUGUUCUUCUAACCAGCUUCAAAAAUUGAUUCUUUUCAAAAACUUCUUGUUUGGUUCAAUUCCUGAAAAGCUUGGGGUUUGUACUAGUCUUGUUAAAGUCAGAAUUGGGCAGAAUUACUUGAACGGGAGUAUUCCAAAUGGGUUUCUGUACUUGCCAGAGCUGAAUAUAGUUGAGUUACAGAAUAAUAUGUUGUCAGGGAAUUUAUUGGAGAAUUCCGGGGAGACUAGUACUAAACCAGUGAAAUUGAGUCAGUUGAAUUUAUCAAACAAUUUACUUUCUGGUUCAUUGCCAUCUUCCAUUUCAAAUUUUUCUUCCCUCCAAAUUCUAUUACUUAGUGGAAACGAGUUUUCGGGUCCAAUUCCGGUUUCUAUUGGCAAUCUUCGCCAAAUUCUCAAGCUUGAUCUUAGUGGAAAUGCAUUCUCUGAAGAACUUCCUCCGGAGAUUGGGAAAUGUUCACAUCUUUCUUACUUAGACUUGAGUCAGAACAAUUUUUCAGGUCCAAUUCCAAGUGAAAUUUCAAAUAUUCGUAUUCUGAAUUACUUGAAUUUAUCAAGAAAUCAUCUUACUCAUGAGAUACCCAAGUCCAUUGGUUCAAUGAAAAGUCUAACUGGUGCUGAUUUCUCCUUUAAUGAUUUCAUGGGGAAGCUGCCUGAAAACGGACAGUUUUCUUACUUCGAUGCUUCUGCUUUCGCUGGCAAUCCUCGUUUGUGUGGUUCUUUAUUGAAUAAUCCGUGUAAUGUCACUACGGUAAUGGGCAAACCAGAGAAGGUUUCUCGCGACUUAAAGCUCAUUUUGGCUCUUGCGUUUCUCAUAUGCUCAUUGGUGUUUGCUGUGGCUGCGGUAGUUAAGGCUAAGUCAUUCAAGAAAGUUUGUUCUGAUAAAUGGAAAAUGACAACAUUUACAAAGGUGGGCUUCUCAGUUGCUGAUGUUCUUGAAUGUAUGAAAGAUUCAAAUGUGAUCGGCCGAGGCGGAGCUGGAAUUGUUUAUGUUGGUAAAAUGCCAAAUGGUGAAGAAAUUGCAGUAAAAAGAUUACUAGGUUUUGCUAACCACAGUCAUGAUCAUGGAUUUGGAGCUGAAAUUCAAACACUUGGUAACAUUCGGCAUCGGAAUAUCGUUAGACUAUUAGCAUUCUGCUCAAAUUCGACGACGAAUUUACUGGUGUAUGAGUAUAUGAGAAAUGGAAGUUUAGGUGAAGCUUUACAUGGAAAAAAAGGAGGCAUUUUAGGAUGGGAUUUGAGGUAUAAAAUCUCCAUUGAAGCUGCAUUGGGAUUGUGCUAUCUCCACUUUGAUUGUUCUCCAUUGAUACUUCAUAGAGAUGUCAAGUCUAAUAACAUUCUCCUGGACUCAAACUUUGAAGCUCAUGUUGCUGAUUUUGGCUUGGCCAAGUUUCUUGUCGACAGCGGUGUUUCGGAAUGCAUGUCAGCAAUUGCGGGUUCUUAUGGUUAUAUUGCACCUGAAUAUGCUUACACUCUCAAAGUCGACGAGAAGAGUGAUGUUUAUAGUUUCGGCGUAGUUCUUUUAGAACUAAUCACGGGGCGUAAACCGGUCGGUGAAUUCGGAGAUGGUGUUGAUAUUGUUCAAUGGGCAAAAAGAACAACAAAUUGCAAAAAGGAAAUGGUGAUCAAUAUCUUGGAUCCAAGACUAAGUAAAAUUCCAAUGAGUGAAGCAAUGCAUCUUUUUUUCACUGCACUGUUAUGUGUUCAAGAGAAUAGUGUUGAGAGACCAACAAUGCGAGAAGUAGUUCAAAUGCUGUCCGAAUUCCCUCGGCAUUCGCCUUCUAAUUCUUCCACUUCGUCAUCCUCUUCUACAUCGUCGUCUUCAACUUCGAAAUUUUUUCAAAAACAACAAGAACAAGAGCUCAAGAAGAUGGGCAAGGAGGGGAAAGAAAUGGAGUUUCAUAAACUCCCACCAGUUCCAGAUCUUUUGAUCUAAAAAAAGAAAAAAAAUAGUUUUGAGUUGUAUGUUUAAGUAGGAAGGUUUUAUUAGUUACUUACAAUGAUGUUUCAUGUAAUCGCCAUGAAGAUAUAUAGUCUUGCUGCUGCAAUAUGUCCAGAGUUAGUGAUUUUUUCUUCUUUUUUGUUAGUCAUAGAAGAUUUGGUGGGCAAAAGGGAAAUGUGAAGCGAAAUAAGCUAAAGGAGCUGCACUUCUUGUUAAGGGGUGUUAAUAAUAUACGAAAAGAAUGUAUGAUCUGUAAUUAGCUCAACUUCAUUCAUUUUAA